AUGAGCGUGCACCGCAAUGUGGCAGCUGAAGCAGCACCAGGCAGCCGUAACGACUCGCAUACAGUAACCAUGCUGCCAGCAACGGUGAUUAUUGCGGUGGUUGUUUUCGCCGUUUCGCUGGUGGCUCCGAUUAAUUCCGCCGGAUCUGGCAGCAGCGGUAGCGCCAACAGUCUCAGCGGCAGCGGCAACAGCGGCGGCGGCGGUACCGGCGGCAACAUGGACGAAAGCGAAACGCUCAAGAAGUCCACCAGUUCGCGGAUCGUGCACACGAAGUAUGGUUCCGUUUCCGGCACGAUCGAGCACCUGGACGGGCGCCAUCUGGAUCCGGUCGAGGCGUUCCGCGGUGUACCGUACGCUUCGCCCCCGGUGGGCAUUCUGCGGUUCAUGCCCCCGGUAACCGGGGCGCUCUGGUCCGGCGUAAAAAAAGCGGACAGAUUCAGUCCCGUCUGCCCGCAGCGGCUGCCCGAUAUCUACAACGAAACGGCCGCCCUGGAACGGAUGCCGCGCGGCCGGUUGGAAUACCUGCGGCGGCUCUUGCCGUACCUGCGCAAUCAAUCAGAGGACUGCCUGUAUCUCAACAUCUACGUUCCGACGCAAGCUGGAUCGCGGGAAAGCUCUAGCUCCUCCAAAUACGCCGUCGUGGUGUUUGUCCAUGGAGAAUCGUACGAGUGGAACAGUGGGAACCCGUACGAUGGAUCUGUACUAGCAAGUUAUGGACAAAUUUUAGUAGUUACAAUCAAUUAUCGUUUAGGAAUAUUAGGAUUUUUAAAUGCCAACGUGGACCGGUUCUCGAAAGCACCGGCAAACUACGGUCUAAUGGAUAUCAUCGCCGCCCUGCAUUGGAUACAGGAAAACAUCGAGGCCUUUGGCGGUGAUCCCAAAAGUGUGACGCUUGCGGGCCACGGUACCGGCGCCGCUUGUGUUCAUUUUCUGAUCGCCUCGGCAGCUGUUCCAGAAGGGCUUCUUUUCCACCGGGCGAUCAUGAUGUCCGGAUCGGGUUUAGCACCGUGGUCGCUAGUAGGUGAACCGGCCAAGUUUGCCGCUUACGUAUCGCACCACGUAAACUGCUCACCCGAUCUACCUCAUCAGCUGCUACUCAAGUGCUUGCGGGACAAACCGCUCGAGGACAUUCUAUCCACCAGCGUGCGAGCACCCGAUUUCGGUAACGCGUUCGGCCCCAGCGUGGACGGUGUUGUAAUCGACACGGGGGAAAUUCAGCAGAUGGAUGGGACGCACUACAGCGAUUACAAUGGCAGUCCCUCGGCAUCGAAACCAUCCGCUCAUAUCCACAACACGCUCAACACGAUCAAUGCGAUACUGUUGCGCAAACUAGCUAUUAACAAAUUGUCCAAGUACGAUCUACUGGUGGGUGUAACGCGAGCCGAAGCGUACUUUGCCUUCAACUCCGAAGACGUCCAGUACGGCAUCGAGGCGGACCGGCGGACGAAAAUACUGAAAAACUACGUCCGAAGCACGUACAGCUUUCAUCUGAACGAAAUACUGGCCACGAUCGUGAACGAGUACACCGACUGGGAACGUCCGGUUCAGCAUCCCAUCAAUAUAAGAGAUGAAACGCUGGAAGCCUUGAGCGAUGCACGUAUCGUGGCGCCUGCCGUACAAACGGCCGACCUACAUUCCGCUGAUCACCGCAAUUCGUUUCUGUACGUGUUCGAUUAUCAGACAAAAUUUGGCGAUUUUCCCCAGCGACAGGGAUGCAUCCAUGGGGAGGAUCUGCCGUAUCUGUUCGGUGCACCACUGGUCGGAGGAUUCAAUCACUUCACGCGCAACUACACCAAGUCCGAGAUCGCCCUCUCGGAAGCGGUUAUGAUCUACUGGUCAAACUUCAUCCGCACCGGUAAUCCGAACGAGCAGCUCGAAAAUGAUCACGUACGCGACCGGACACGCUUCAAGAACAUCGAAUGGACGCCGUACGAGAGUGUGCACAAAAAAUAUCUCAAUCUCGACACGAAACCCAAACUGAAGAACCACUACCGAGCGCACCGACUAUCCUUCUGGCUGAACUUGGUGCCGGAUUUGCAUAAGCCGGGCAAUGACGAUGUCCCCAGCGGGCACCACGAGCUGGAAGCGGACGACGAGGAACCCCCGGCUGCGAUGCCCACGGUGAAACCGCUCAACCCACCCCAGCGGGAUCCGGCAGCGAUCGGGUCGAAUUAUACGCUCUUCACCACGCAGGUCUUCUCGCUGCUUAACUUCUCCGCGUACGGCAUCCUGCCGAACGGUAGCCGGCAUCAUCCGGGCACAAGACCAAUCCAUCCGGUGACGGCCGAAUCGUCCGAGGGUGGCGACGAUGACAGUACCGGUGCGGGUGGUAUCGGAGCGGGUGGAAUGUCUUCCUCGCAGGAGGACGGGUUUGCCGCGUACAGUACCGCCCUCAGCGUAACGAUCGCGAUCGGCUGCAGUUUGCUCAUACUGAACGUGCUGAUCUUUGCCGGCGUGUACUACCAGCGCGAUAAGACGCGAUUAAACGAGCCGCGCGGUGGCGCCGGGAUGGGUCCCGGUGGGCACGGUACGCUGCAAACGAAGAAGCGCAACGAAAACGGCCAGAUGCCGAACAACAUCUGCGGCGAGCUGGAGAGUCUCACGAUUCACGCCAAAACGGACCCCUCCACCAUACUCGGCCACCAUCAUCCGGCGCUGCAGCACCAUCAAAUGCCACCGCCCGAGUUUGCCGAUCUGCCGCAGCGUGCGCCGCCGCCACCGAAGCACCUGAAAUCGGUCCCCGGGGACGGUGGUGGCAUGCUGCCCGCACACGCACUCCAGCUGAUCGGCAGCAACUGUGGCACACUGACCAAGAAGAGCUGCGUCAAAUCGAACCUGACGGCGGCGGGCAUGGGUGGCAGCGUGGUCGGCCACCCGUCCCAGAACGUCACCAUGGAUGAGCUGCGCGUGUGA